UUUAAAAAAAUAUUGGUAUUUUUAAUUUAUUUCGCUCUCAUAGUUGUUAUGUUACAGAGUUGGAUUGAACACGGUGCAACAAAGUUCUACAUUUACCACCACAGUAUGUCAAAAGAAUUUGACGCUUUCCUGAAGGUUUACGAAAACGAUCUUACUAUAUCGGUUGAAAGGGUGUCAUGGAGCGUGCUCCCAGUACCAAACGAUACCCUCAAGUCAAGCGAUCCAAAUAAUCUUAUAAUGGGAAAUGCACAAAUUUUGGCUUGGAAUGACUGUGUGCUUCGAACUAGAGGCAGAACUCGGUACUUAGCCUUAGCAGACUUUGACGAGAAUUUGGUUGUGUUUACUAAUCAAACGCUGCUGUCGAUUAUUGAUGACGUCCUAAAGGAAAAGCCGACCGUCGGAUGUUUCAUAUUUUUGAACUCUUUUGCAUCUUUUCAGGUUUUUUCCGCAAAUAAUUAA